AAGGCAGUACACAGUCUUGAACAACCGUGCAUAGUUCACCGACGGGCAAAAGUACAGCAAAGAUGAUCCGGACAGCUGUGUUGGGCGUGAUUGUGGCUCUGGCGUGCUCUGCCGUGGCUCUUCCCGAUUAUGGCGCCUCCCCCGGCUACAUCAAGGUGGAGCUGUCCUCCUCAUACGGACCUCCACCCAAGGAGGAGGCGUGCUACCCCAAGUACGUGACGAAGACGAUGACCAAGGACGUGCAGGGCACCCAGGCCCACUACGCCACCGUGACCAAGGAGGUUCCCACCACCAAUACGCCUACAUCACCGAGACGCUGGUGGCGCCCAAGACCAUCAUCCAGUACUCGACGAUGACGGCGUACGCUGAGCCGGCCAUCCUCACGGAGACCAAGAUCCUCUACGACACCAAGAUGGUCACCAUCCCCGUCUACAUGACCGAGUCCGCCUACGGCUACAACACCGCCAAGCAGUACUUCCUUCGUCACCAACACCGGCUACGAGACCAAGGCCUACUACGUCACCCAGACCAAGGUCCAGCAACAGUACGUCACCAUGACGGUCAAGAACCCCUACUACGUCACCCAGUACGAGACUCAGGUCAAGCAAGAGUACGUCUACAACCCUGAGUACCACACCGUCACCAAGUGUUCCUCCACCAUGAUGUACGGAUACGGUUACUAGACCCGGCGCCCCCGAGCCGCCCUCACGCCCCCAGCCCCGGACAUCUGCUGUACGCCCGCCGCCCGCCUCACUGCGGCCGCCCCCACGUGGUUCUGCUGGCAGUAACCUCGUGGGCGGCCUGACAUCGCCCGCGCGGCCCGCAGUGAGCGCUCGUGUGGCCCGGACCGCCCAUCCGGGCCACACACGGACCACAACAUCGGUCCUUUGUAAAUAUCUAUUUUUUUUUUGCCCAUUUUGAUAUCACUUGUGUAAAUAUAUUGUAA